GCCUCUGUCCUGCCUGGAGGACAUUCAUCCCCUCGCAACUCACCGCAUACCACCUCCCCCCUCUGCUGGCAAGAGGGGACCUGGUGAAUCCUCUCCCUCGACACCCAAGUCACGCAACUGAGUAACAACCAUCAGAGAAGAGACUGAAGCACCUUUGUUUCAGAACUUCUACAGUGAAUGAACAAUUCCUCUCAGCUGACUCAAAAUGUUUGUCUCACCCCGGAGAUCUUCAGAGCAAAACUGUAGAGGACUCCCCACCUCCCCCGUCACCCCUUGGGGAAGCAGAUGGAGCUCCAGAAGGCUUCCCCUGUCCAACGGACCCUCGUUUCUGCCGUCCUCACCAUGCUAUCACUCGGCCUCUCAACAGCAUCCCUGCUCAGCAACGAAUGGUUUGUGGGCACACAGAAGGUGCCCGAGCCCCUGUGCGGGCAAGGUCUGGCAGCCGAGUGCUUUGGCAUGCCGAUGUCCUUGGAUGGGGUCGUCACCAACACAUCAGCCCAGGCGGUGGUACAAUCCACCUGGCAGGCUGGGGAUGACCGGUUCUCCUUCCUUACCUUCCGCAGUGGCAUGUGGCUAUCCUGUGAGGAAACCAUGGAAGGGCCAGGGGAGAAGUGCCGAAGCUUCAUUGAACUCACACCACCAGCCCAGAGAGGUGAGAAAGGACUACUGGAAUUUGCCACGUUGCAAGGCUCAUAUCACCCCACUCUCCGAUUUGGAGGGGAGUGGUUGAUGGAGAAGGCCUCCCUCCUCCACCUCCCCUUGGGGCCCAUGGCAAAAGUCCUCUGGUUAUCACUGGGUACCCAAAUUGCCUACAUCGGACUUCAAUUCAUCAGCUUCCUCCUGCUACUGAUAGAUCUGCUGCUCACCAGUAACCCUGGCUGUGGGCUCAAGCUGAGCGCGUUUUCUGCCAUCUCCUUGGUCCUGUCAGGCCUUCUGGGGAUGGUGGCCCAUAUGAUGUAUUCACAAGUCUUCCAGGCAACUGCCAACUUAGGUCCGGACGACUGGAGACCACAUUCGUGGAAUUAUGGCUGGGCUUUCUACACGGCCUGGGUUUCCUUCACCUGCUGCAUGGCGUCGGCCGUCACCACCUUCAACGCAUACACAAGGAUGGUGCUGGAGUUCGAGGGCCGGCACAGGAAGAGCUUCAACCCCAACCCCAGUUGCCUCGCCCACCACCACCGCUGUUUCCUUCCCCAGCUGGCAUGCGCAGCCCAGGAAGGGGAACCUCUGACCAGCCGCCAUCAGUAUCCCAACCAUCCCAUCCGCUCCGUCUCCGAAGGCAUUGACCUCUACUCAGCGCUACAAGACAAGGAAUUUCAACAAGGGACCAGCCAGGAGCUAACAGAAGUGGCUGGGUCAUCCGUAGAAGAGCAGUGUUAGAAGUUAAGUGGGUUUGGGGAGCAGGCUAAACCCUACCAUCUGUUUGCUUAUUAUCAACAUCCGCUUAAGCAAAA